AUGCAGGAAAUUCUGUUGUUUACACGUGUCUGUAACACUGAGCCGCUAAAGCAGCCCAGCAAGCCCAGAGGGUCUGGAAAGAUAAAUAUGAAUUUAGAAUCCAUUUAUCGGUUAAUUGAGGAAACACAAAUCUUUGGGAUGCAGGAGUCAGUGGUUAAACCACGGCCCGACAUGGGUGCACCUGCCUCGGUCCCCAGGGACACCUGUAAUUCCUGUUGGCCACUUAAUGGGCUACAUUCGCAUGCUGCCCACAGCUUCUGUGCUCACGGGUGCAGCACCAACGAAUGGGAUAUUUGUGAAGAGCUUCGCCUGCGGGAACUUGAAGAAGUCAAGGCCAGAGCUGCUCAGAUGGAGAAGACCAUGAGGUGGUGGUCAGACUGCACAGCCAACUGGAGGGAAAAGUGGAGUAAAGUUCGAGCUGAGAGGAACAGUGCCAGGGAGGAAGGAAGACAACUCAGAAUGAAAUUAGAGAUGACAGUGAAAGAAUUGAGUGCACUGAAAAAGAAGCAAAGUUCACCACAUCAAAAGGAGACCUUGGAAGCUAGAGUUGCCCUGGACCAGACGCGCUCUAGUUUCAUAGAUGUGUCCUAUGUACAAAGGGAUCAAUUUCAAACUGGCUCGCAAAUGUGUGAGUCUCUCAGAGAAUGUCUGGUGAAAAGAGAAUUUCCCACAAAGGAGAACAGAAAUACUGUGGAAGAAGGUUUGAUUCUCGACCCAUUAAGAUUAAAUGAGGAGAAACUCCAUCUAGACUGCUCCGAUUUAUUCGAGAACAGUGGUUCUGGAAACUGUGCAAUGAGACCUGGGCUACGACAGCCAGUGGGACAUCUGCCUUUGGAGGAUGGAGUGCCUGAAAUUUCCACUCUGCAGGAGCAUUUGGAUGAGCUCCAAAAAAUCCUUAGGAAAGAAAGGGAAAUGCGCUCAUCCCUGGAAAAAGAAGUAGAACGACUGGAGUCAUCUGUGUCUUUGUGGAAACAGAAGUAUGAAGAACUGAAAGAAUUGACAUCUAAAAAUAGGAAAGAGCUAGAGAGAUUGCAGGUGGAAAAUACAGUGGAAUGGGACCAGAGGGAAAUAUUUGAAACUGAAAAACAAGGACUGGAGAGAGAAAAUAGAAGGCUGAAGGUCCAGAUGAAAGAAAUGGAUGAACUCCUCAAGAGGAAAGAUAGAUUAAGUGCAAACUCCCAAGGUCCUGAUUUCAAGACAUCACAAAUUGAACUGCAGGAGAAAAACAAGGAGCUGUUGGACCUUCAACACGCCUACCGUAGACUCAGCAGCCAACACCAGGCGAAAACAGCAGAGCUGACUCUUGCCAACCACCGAGCUGAUCAGAGUGCAGCCGAGGUAAAGAAACUGCGAUUUGGAGUGGAAGAACUAAAACAGAGACUCAACCAAAAAGAAGAUAAGCUUGAUGACGUCCUGAAUCAGAUCCGUAAGCUCCAGAGAUCUCUGGAUGAACAGAAAGAAAUCAAUGAAAACUUGGAAACUGAACUCAGGCACUUACAGAACCGGUAA